AAGGAGAUAAGUGAGGCUGUUGUCCUAGAAUCUUCUGGGGAAAAAGACAAAGUUGCUCACUGCUCAAAAGGAAGCUUUGGGUGAGGGCUCUCUCCUGCCACUCUUGUGCCCUGCCACACUGAGCUGACUAACACCAAGGGCCACCCAAACUGCACAUGCCAAAAGAAGACAGGCAUGGCCACGGAGCAAACUGAACGCAGCCUAAAUGCUACCACCCGCCUCAACUUUGCUGCAAUUUACAACAUCCACGAUGGGGAUUUCACCUCCUUGCGAAACUUCUCUUUCCCUUUCAACUUCACUUACGGCGAUUAUGACCUGCCACUGGACAGUGAAGAUGACAUGACCAAAACCCGCACCUUCUUCACAGCCAAGAUUGUCAUCGGGGUUGCUCUGGUUGGCAUCAUGCUGGUCUGUGGCAUCGGCAACUUCAUCUUCAUCGCUGCUCUCGCCCGCUACAAGAAGCUGCGAAACCUCACCAACCUGCUGUUUGCCAACCUGGCCAUCUCAGACUUCAUCGUGGCCAUCGUGUGCUGCCCCUUUGAGAUGGACUACUACGUGGUGCAGCAGCUGUCCUGGGAGCAUGGCCAUGUCCUCUGUGCCUCAGUCAACUACCUACGAACUGUCUCCUUCUACGUUUCGACCAAUGCUCUCCUGGCCAUAGCUGUUGACAGGUAUCUGGCCAUUGUUCACCCACUGAAACCACGCAUGAAUUAUCAAACAGCAACCUUCCUCAUUGCCUUGGUCUGGGUUGUCUCCAUAAUUGUAGCUAUUCCAUCUGCAUACUUUGCUACUGAAACCGUGUUGUUUAUAGUGAAAAACCAGGAGAAAAUUUUCUGUGGCCAAAUUUGGCCAGUUGACCAGCAGAUGUACUAUAAAUCAUACUUUCUCUUCAUCUUUGGCAUUGAAUUUGUGGUACCUGUGAUUACAAUGACCUUGUGUUACGCCAGGAUCUCUCAGGAGCUUUGGUUUAAAACCGUCCCAGGAUUUCAGACAGAACAAAUCAGAAAGAGGCUUCGGUGCAGAAGGAAAACUGUUAUGGUAUUAAUGUGCAUCCUGACUGCCUAUGUUCUCUGCUGGGCACCUUUCUAUGGCUUCACAAUUGUCCGGGACUUCUUCCCCAACAUCUUGGUGAAGGAGAAGCAUUAUCUCACUGCCUUUUACAUAGUUGAGUGCAUCGCCAUGAGCAACAGCAUGAUAAACACCAUGUGUUUCGUAACCGUGAAAAACAACACCAUGAAGUACUUCAAGAAGAUCAUGCUGCUCAGAUGGAGGUCAACGUAUAAGGGAAGCAAAUCCAGCACAGAUUUGGACCUGAGAACAAGUGCAAUGCCAAUCACAGAGGAAGUAGACUGCAUAAAACUACAAUAAACUUUCUGAGGUUCUAAUCUCACUUUUUUUUUGGAGGGGGGUAAAGAGGAAAUCAUACCUUCUCAGAAGCUUCUUCCUUGUCCGUGGGAAUACCCACCACUGGUGAGAGCCCUCAAAGCAGCAGCUGACUUUGCGUUCCCACCAGAACUCUUCUCACUGGACUGCUAGAUAAU